AUGUGCUCGACCGACCGGACGACCUCCAGCCAAGAGUACCUAGUGAAACCGUCCAUGAAUGGCAUGGACGAGAGGAGCUACAUACUCCAGCAGCAACACCAGCAGCAGCUACAGCAACAGCAACAGGCAAUGAAUGGAGUCGACAACCUCAAAAACUGUCCAAAGUUUGCCAGUUUCAAUUACAUAAAUUCAAUUAUUGGCAGUGGUGUCAUUGGUAUACCAUAUGCGUUUAAUUUAUCCGGCGUUGGAAUGGGAGUAAUAUUAUUGGCAUUAGUUGCUAUUAUUACCGAUUAUUCUUUGGUUCUCAUGUUAAGAAGUGCACACAUAAGUGGCUCUUUUUCAUACCAAUCUCUAAUGAAAUCAGCUUUUGGCAGACCUGGGUUUGUUGUAUUAUCCUUUCUACAGUUUAUUUAUCCUUUUAUAGCGAUGAUAAGUUAUAAUAUAAUCGUUGGGGACACUGCAACCAAAGUCUUAAUUAGUUUGUUUUCGUUGCCUCAUGACUCUAUAUUUGCCCAGCGGUAUUUUGUCAUAGCAAUGGCUACAAUUUUUAUUACAACCCCUUUAUGCAUGUUAAGGAACGUUGCAAGACUAGCCAAAGCAUCUGUAGUGUCAUUUAUCAUGGUACUGGUGAUUUUUGUAGCAAUUGUCGUCAGAUAUAAAUCUCUACACGAUGCCAUGUCCACAGCAUCCGAAGUUGGAGACAUACACACCUGGGAUUUUGCUCGUCCUGGUAUGAUUCAAGCUAUUGGAAUAAUGUCAUUUGGUUUUAUGUGUCAUCACAACGUGUUUCUAUUGUAUGAUUCUAUUGAAGGAGCUAGUCAAACUAUUUGGAACUAUGUAACUCAUUUUGCAGUUACUAUAUCAUUUUUACUAAUGGUUGCUUUUGGACUAGUCGGAUAUGCUACAUUUGGUGAUCUUACUCAAGGUGAUUUAUUGGAAAAUUAUUGCUGGAAUGACGAUUUGAUUAACAUAUCAAGGUUACUGUUCUCAUUAAUAACAUUGCUUACAUUUCCAUUGGAGUGUAUGGUAAUUAAAGCUGUUGUCGAUCAGACCCUCAGGGGUGACACUAACCCUAUACUCAAUCCGAUGUCAAAAAAAAGACAUGCUAUCAUAACUAUAUCGAUCCUAGUAGCAACUUACUUAAUAUCUAUAUCCACUAGAUGUCUUGGUAUCGCCUUAGAAAUAAAUGGAGUAAUGGCAGCAAUUCCACUAGCAUUUGUUUUACCAGCCGCUAUUUAUAUUAAAAUCUCCAAUGAUUCAUGGAAAAAAAAGAUACCUGCAUUUUUUUUGGCCUUGUUUGGAAUGAUUAUAGCAGUUUCUGGCCUAACAUUGGUUACGAUUGAGAUAUUAACUUCGACUACCACAGAUUCUUGUGAAAAUGACAGCAUGAUGGACCACUGCAACAUAAAUGAAACACAUCAUAAUUUUCAACCUGUGACAUCAUUAAGUUACAAUUUAAUUUAAAAGCUAAAAACAUGAAUAACUUUUAAAUUAUUUUAUUAUAUAUUUAAGAUCUCUAUAGUAUUUGUCGACAUAUUUUUAGUGUCAACAGAAAAAACUAUACAAUAACAUAAAUAAUUGAUAUAAAUUAUAUAAAAUAUUGAACAUGCAAAAUACAAA